CAGGCUUCCUGCCAGAGGAAUGGGAUAAUUUUUUUGUGAAGUAUCUCUAUCCUUCCUUCACUCCAACUGUCUUUUUGUUUGUGGGUGGCACAGUUGCAUAUGGAGUGUUCAAAUAUUUGCAGGGUGAACAGAUGAAGAAUUGAACAUCACAGAUUGCAGCACCUCUUAGUGUUAUCAUUUGGAACAUAAGAUAUCUUAAUUCAUUUGAGCUUAUUUUAAUGUUCAUGUUUCUCUACAGAUGGCAAACUUUGUACCAAUAAUUACGCUUAGCAUGAAGUGAGAUUUUACACUAGCACCCAGUCUUUGAACGCAUGAAGUUCAAUGACCUCAACAGUGAAUUCAUAUGUCAUUUUUAGGUGGACAAAAUUAGGGAGGUGCCUGUUUUUGCAAUGCAAUGGCUUGCAAACAACUCCUUAGUUGUAUCAUGGUUACAAGGAUUGAGUAUUUUACAAAUACUUAAGGUCAUUGCCCGGAUAAUUU